UGAAUGAACCGAGGGGAGUAUCGCAAAUCCUGGGCCUAAACCUGACAAACCUUGACCCCGGCCCGUGUUCGAGCUACAUCGGCAACAUCGGCUAUCUUUCUUCAGUAUUUCCAUUCCAUCUUCUCCUUCUCCUCCACUUGGUUGGUAUUCUUGCAUAACUUGCUCUAAAUUCUCUGUGCGUAGCGGGUGCGAAGUGAGAGCAGAACCAAAUUAGGGCGUCGGAGACAUGGGGGAGGGCGAGUGUGGAUCGUCAACUCCGUCCAAUUCGAAGCAUGCAACGACGGCUUCUGAUAUCGGCGGCGGUGGAACGGCAACUAAAUUCCUCGCAAACCUCCCUUCUCGCGGCCUCUUUUCCUCCACCGUGAUCUCAUCCAAUCCGGGUGGAAUGCGGGUUUAUAUUUGUGAUCAUGACACAUCACCUCCAGAGGACCAGCUCAUUAAGACAGACCAGAUGAACAUCUUAAUUAGAUCUCUCAUGCUUAAAAAGCAGAAGGCUGAAUCUGGUUCAAAAGAUGGGAAAAGUGUUCCUACGAGUGAAAGUUCAAGAAAAAGAGGCGCGGAGAGAGCACUGGAUGGUAGAACAUCAGCAAAGAAGGCUGCAAGCAGUAGUCAAGCCGCUUCUCGCCAGGAAGGAACUAAAAACCGUGUGCCUGAACGAGAUUACCACAGUAUGACAGUGGAGAGACUCCGUGCACUCUUGAAGGAGAAGGGCCUUUCCACGAGAGGAAAAAAGGAUGAAUUGAUUGCCCGUUUGAAGGAGUCCCUUGAAUAAUGUACUCACCAGAAACUCAGGGAGGCUAUGAACUUCUAAUGUAACUUUAAGAUGGAGCGACUUUGAACUAAUAUAGAACUAUGUAGUUUUUGCUACUAAACCUUGUAUCUUCUAUGUAUUGUUUCGUGUGCCAUUGCAUAUUUCCGGUAUUAAUUUUGGUCAGGUUGUACUGAACUAGUGAAACUUCAAUUAUUAAAAUGUUUGAUAGUGUGCAUGGUACAACA